AUGGCCCCACUGCGCGACAACCUCACCGUCGGCACGCGCGUCGUCAUCGCCCAGGACGCAGACCUUCGAGGCGACAUCUCGGUCGGCAGCGGCAGUGUCAUUCAUCCCAAAGCCACUGUGUUGGCGCUCCAGGGACCUAUCACGAUCGGAUCCGAUUGCAUUAUCGAGGAGACCGCGGUGAUCGUGAAUCGCAGAUCGACACCGCUCAAAAUCGGCGAUGGCAACCUGUUCGAAGUUGGGUGCAGGAUAGAGGCAGCGUCGGUGGGAUCGUACAAUGUAUUUGAGAUGAGGAGCAAAGUGGCGCAGAACGUCAAGAUCGGAUCGUACAGCGUGAUCGGAGCAGGGUGCACCGUGUUGCCCAAGCCAAUACGAGACGAUCAGCUGGCCGACAUAUUUGAUGACGAUGAAGGGCUGAAGGAGGAGGCUGCGGUGGUAGAGGCGGAAGCAGGCUCAGGGAACAGGCCAGCACAGAGGGAAGAUGAUGCAGUGUUUGAAGAGCUUCCAAAUCAGACCGUCGUCUACGGCGCAGACAGCAAAAGGCGCUUAUGGAGCGGAGAAGGAGCACAGCAGCAGGCAGCAUUGCACGCGAAGCAUCUCGAAUACCUCCGCGAUGCCAUUCCACGAGUACACAAGCUCAAGAUCAUCCAAGGUGUCAGGACUUCUGCUGCUGCACCAGCAAGCGCGACAACACCAGCUUCGACCUCAUAA